AUGCGCAAAUCGAAUCUCUUCGUGGCCUGCUUGUACAACAACAGCACAUUCAAGAACAGAAACCCCUUUGUUGUUUAUCCCUUCAUCGCCACCACCAUCAGAAGUUUUUCAACAACAAUCCAUGAUUUGAAUCAACCGAAUACCGUUCCCUAUUUUCCAUACGGAGAGUCAAAUUUUGAGUCCAUCAGAAGAAACAAACAAUUCUAUGUUGACAAGACUCAUCUCAUUCCUUUAUUGGACAAAAGUAGCAAGCAAUUGUUUUUUGUCCGUCCUCCGAGAUGGGGAAAGUCAUUGUUGUUGUCCAUGUUGCAGUCAUACUAUGACAUCAACAAGAAAGAACAAUUUAAUGAGUUGUUUGAUGGUUUGUGGAUUGGCGACCCUAAGAAUCAAACUUCAUUGAAGAAUGAAUAUUAUAUACUAAACCUUGAUUUUUCUGUCGAAGUUGAUGGAUCUCCAGAGAACAUCAAACAAGCGUUACACGAAUCUAUCAACGCAGACAUUGCAAGGUUUUUAACGAUCUAUAACCUAGAAGACGACAUACCAAAAAUCAUUUCACCUGACGCUCUCAUUUCGUUCGAAAAUUUGGUGACUACCAUGAUAAAACACAAGAGCAAGUUGAUGGUUCUCAUUGAUGAAUAUGACAGAUUUGCAAACAAAUUGAUGUUUGAAAGCCCCGAAAAAUACAAACAUAUUGUAGAAGGAAAACGUGGGGAAGCAACUUCUUCGCUCAUUCGCUCGUUCUUUGAACGUCUCAAAAAGACUUCGCGUGCUGGCUUGACAGACUUUCGAAGUUUGAUUGUUGGUAUCACUCCAAUUGCUAUUGCUGAUGCUUCUGGUUACAAUGUUGCUAGCAACAUUUCCCAGUCCGAAGAGUUUGGUGAUUUGGUUGGAUUUACUGAAAAUGAUUUGAGAACGGCCUUGAACAACAUUGGUAUUGUUGAAAAUCACCAAAAUAAUGCAAUUUCAAUCAUGAAAAAGUUUUACAAUGGUUAUCAUUUUCCAGGAUCAACUCAAUCUCUUUUCAAUCCCACUCUUUCAAUGCAUUUUCUACAAAAGUUAAUGAGUAAGAGUAGAUUCAAAUCUGCUGUUAUAGGAGGCAAAGACAUUGGUCUCGAAGAUAUGAUAGAUCCCAACACGGACAUCAGCGAAAAUGUGUUUGCGACUCUCGCUACAACUCCUGCUUCUGCUUCCAUUGUUCAUCAAUUAACAGCAACAAACACCGUUCAACUCAAUGCUGCCAUCGUCAGUUCAUUCAAACUUCGCGAUAUCAUUGACCCUCCAACAAACGAAGAGAAUUCAAAACAAAUAUGGGAUCAUACAUUGUCAUUCAUGUAUUAUCAUGGCAUGUUAACUUUUCCAAAAGGGCUGGACAGUAGCACAUUAAUCAUUCCAAAUGAGAUCGCAAAACUCCAAUAUUUGGAACAGCUAAAGCGAAUAAUUUCUUUGAACGAAAGCAUCAUUGAAAAAUUUAUCAAUCAUCCAACUGAAGACAAUUUGAAGAGCUUACUAUGGACAAUUCUGAAGCAACAAGAAACAAUUUAUGACAACAGCAUGUCAGAAGGUGGUUUACAAGGAAGUAUUGAGGCAGCGUUGAGAGCUCAAAAAUUGAAGUUAUUUGAUUUAACUGCAGAAAAGGAAUACAAAGUGUUCAAAAACGGAAAAGAAUAUAGUUAUAGAUCAGAUCUUGUAAUCAAAACAGCCAACGACGUGUUUAUUAUUGAAUUUAAACGUGUUAGACCAAAUGCGUUAGAAGAAUAUUCUCGAUUGAAUUUCUUUCCUAGCACGUACAAGACUGUAUUUAAGAAAUUAUUACAAGUCGACGAAAUAUCUUUGCUCUCCAUGAAGGUUAAAUGGAAUACCGAGCCGACAACUGUAGAAAACAUUCUAAAUAAGGCUGCUAUUCAAGUUAAAGAGUAUGCACAGCACGAAUCAAAUAUCAGCAAAGGGAAAACUAUUCACGCGUUUGUUGUGGUACAAGUAGCUUGGCCUCUUAUCAUACGAAAAGUUAAUUAA